CGGCCGCAGCUCGGUGACUGCAGGUUAACAUGGGAUCUGAACAGGCCGCGGCUCAGUCUCAUACCUGUCGGUUCGUUUGACAGAGAAACGCGUUAAUGAGAACAGCUAAUGAACCUGCUGUGUUCAGGGAGAGGAGGAGAGAAGCAAACAGUGCUGGCAGCAACGUGUUUGCUCAGGACAGCAGAUGUUUCGACAGAAAGAAUCAUCACAUGUGACAACGGCAGCAACGUCCAGCGUCUAAGCUGUGAGAUUGGAGUGAUCAGGGUGCAGUCAGCUCUGUACGGACGCGCAGACAGACAGACCUGCAGUGAGGGAAGACCUCCACAGCAGCUUACCAAUACAAAGUGCUCUCAGCAGGGGACUGUGGACAACCUGAGGACAAGGUGUGAUGGUAAGAGAGUGUGUGAACUAAACACUGACGUGGUCCGAACCUCUGAUCCCUGCCCCGGCACCUUUAAAUAUCUGGAGACCAACUACACCUGCUUCCCAGCGAAUCACCUGGUUGUGUGCGAGCACUCUUUGGCGCAGCUGCACUGUGACGAGGGGCAGGUUAUACAGGUGUACGGUGCUGAUUACGGACGCCAUGAUCAGACCACGUGCUCUUACAGACGUCCUGCCUCUAAAGUCCAAAACGUCUAUUGCUCCCGUCCCACGAGCAAAGUGGCUGAAAGCUGUAACGGGAAAAACAGCUGCACGGUCCAAGCAAGCAACUCGGUGUUUGGAGACCCGUGUGUCGGGACCUUCAAGUACCUGCAGGUGGCUUAUGUAUGUCAGUGUAAUUUGCACUGCGACGAACGGGACCUGGGUGACAUCUCCACGCUGGCCGACUCUUCGGUCGUGGAGCAGCUCUUCCAGAACAGAUGCUGCGCCGCCGUGCCGACCCAGCAGCAUAAAUACAGGUGCAUCCGUCCCAUCUACAGCCAGUGCCACCGUUCACCUGCCAGAGAAACCAUGCUCCGCCUCAGACUCAGCAGCACACUGUUGCUGGCAGCAACGUGUUUGCUCAGGACAGCAGAUGUUUCGACAGAAAGAAUCAUCACAUGUGACAACGGCAGCAACGUCCAGCGUCUAAGCUGUGAGAUUGGAGUGAUCAGGGUGCAGUCAGCUCUGUACGGACGCGCAGACAGACAGACCUGCAGUGAGGGAAGACCUCCACAGCAGCUUACCAAUACAAAGUGCUCUCAGCAGGGGACUGUGGACAACCUGAGGACAAGGUGUGAUGGUAAGAGAGUGUGUGAACUAAACGCAGACGUGGUCCGAACCUCUGAUCCCUGCCCCGGCACCUUUAAAUAUCUGGAGACCAACUACACCUGCUUCCCAGCGAAUCACCUGGUUGUGUGCGAGCACUCUUUGGCGCAGCUGCACUGUGACGAGGGGCAGGUUAUACAGGUGUACGGUGCUGAUUACGGACGCCAUGAUCAGACCACGUGCUCUUACAGACGUCCUGCCUCUAAAGUCCAAAACGUCUAUUGCUCCCGUCCCACGAGCAAAGUGGCUGAAAGCUGUAACGGGAAAAACAGCUGCACGGUCCAAGCAAGCAACUCGGUGUUUGGAGACCCGUGUGUCGGGACCUUCAAGUACCUGCAGGUGGCUUAUGUAUGUCAGUAUCCUGGCUGAACAUGUCGAUCACAGUUCUAUCAGUAAAAUAAUCCUCAGAAUUCACUCAGCUUAAUGUUUAAUCACCCUGUGAUCAGGUUUAAUGACUUUAAUCAGGAAACAAAUGGAACUGUAAAACUUUGAUUUCUCUCUUCUGCACUUGUUUUAGUUGAAUUUAAUUUGGAUUUGUUUUUAUUAUACUGUGGUUAGAUUCAGAUUCAGAGAACUUUAUUUGUUUCUGGGGGCAGUUUAAGACACAAUGAGGAGCAUGAGGUGGAAAACAAGACACUUAAAAAAA